AUGGCAGUAAUCUCAUUGAUCGCUCUAGCCACGGGCUCAGCGCUCGCAGUUAUACUCUCCUAUGCCAGUCUGAUCGUCUACCGACUCUAUCUUCAUCCACUUGCGAGAUUCCCAGGUCCAAGGCUCGCGGCUGCCACCUCCUGGUACGAAUUCUACUACGAUGUCGUUCUCCGCGGACGGUUCAUAUGGACAAUACGGGAAAUGCAUGAGCAAUAUGGGCCUAUAGUCCGAAUCACCCCCCACGAAUUGCACAUCAAUGAUCCAGAGUACUACGACGAGAUAUAUGGCUCGGUUACCAGAAAGCGAGACAAGGUUUACCCUUGGGUUGCCCUAGCUGGCAUACCUAAUGCCACGUUCUCAACCGUUGGACAUGAGCACCACAGGCUCCGUCGCGCAGCUUUAAGUUCCUUCUUCUCAACGAAAGCGGUCACGGAACUCGAGCCCGUCGUGAAAGCGAAAGUGGAGAUCCUGGCCAGCCGAUUCGAGAGCGCCCAGAAAACAGGAGAAGUCUUCCGUCUCGAUGCAGCAAUGAUGGCUCUAACCAUCGAUAUCAUUUGUCAGUACGCGUUUGCGAACGACGACAACACGCUGAUGAAGGAUGACUUUAACCUCGCCUGGAAAGAGAUGCUCGUCGGCGCUCUCGAAGGGGCAGCGUUGCUGAGGCAAUUCCCCUCGAUGAUUUCAAUCGUGAACGCGAUACCUGAAAAGGCGAUGAAGAGCCUGGUGCCGAGCCUCGGCCUGAUGCUGGACUGGAAGUCCGGGAUCAAGCAGAGCGUGAUACCCAUCUUGGAUCAAAGCGAAAGUGCUUCCCAAAUCGAGAACGCCUCUCAUAGAUCUAUCUUUCACGAGCUCCGGGAUAGUGACUUGCCACCGAACGAGAGGAGCCUCGACAGAUUGUGCGACGAGGCUCAGAGCAUCACGGCGGCCGGAUCAGAGACCACAGCGAAGGUGUUGACAACUGCUAUCUACUAUCUCUUGGAAAACCGGGGCUCUCUACAAAAGCUCAAAUCCGAGUUGACGGUAGCCAGCCCCGACGCGAGAAAUUGGUCGGAGCUCAAACAGCUUCCCUACCUGUCUGCGGUCCUUGCCGAGUCGCUCAGGUUAUCACACGGUGUGACCACAAGAUUGCCUCGCGUAGCUACUGAGGAGGUGCUCGUGUACAAGGAUUGGGAGAUCCCAUUUGGAACACCCGUCAGUUCUUCAUCCUAUUUCAUCCUCAUGAACGAGGAGAUCUUCCCGAGCCCGGCGGAAUUCCGGCCCGAGAGGUGGAUCGACGCAGCGGGGAAUUUCAACCGGGUGCUCGAAAAGAGGUACCUCGUUAAUUUUGGGAGGGGCACGAGGGCGUGCCCAGGCAUGAACCUCGCCUCCGCCGAGAUGUGUCUCACGCUGGCGACCGUCGUCCGUCGCUUCGAGAUGGAGCUUUUCGAGACCACGAUUGAGGAUGUGGCCAUGGUGCACGACUUCUUUGUCGCUGUGCCGAAACUCGACUCGAAAGGUGUCAGGGUUAGAGUUCUCAAGUAUGUUUGA